AUGUGGAAGCUCUACAACAUGUUUGUCUGGAUUGCCAUUACAGCCUCGCUGAUUCUCGUACUUGAAACUGACCCAGUGGCGGCUACGAGAGGUACGACCCUACACAACGUAGUGGAUCAUCGCCUGUCACCGAAAGACGUGCUAGAUUUGGUAGCGAGUCCUUUGAAUCGCCACAAAAUUGGAGAUCAGAUCAAGCCAGUGUCGUCAUCGGACCACACCACACACUCUCAGCAGUUUCAGAAAGACGGUACUUCUCUUGAUCUAAUAAUCGAACGUCCACUGAAGGCAAAAAUCAAGCAGCAGUACAAGCAAAUCUUGGCCCAUUGCGAAUUCAACGAAUCCUCAAACGAGCACAACAAUAUUCAAGCUCAAACAACUUCUAAUCGGAUUCCUCCCCGGCAAAAGAAAGAUGUCGCCAGUGUAGCAUCAACAGCAGCGCUGCGACGUAACUUCAUUCUAUGGCUAGGUGUCAAUUCUUACCUUGACACCGCAAGUAAACAUGAGCUCCAAGCACUUGGCAAACUCCUAACCCAAAUUGACGUUCGAAAAACUCUUCCAGAUCUCACAUCGAAGAAACAUAGAGAUGUACUAACAAGGUUUUCCUCUCAAGGCAAUCGCACAAGGAAGGCCAAUUUGAAAUCCUUGACCAGACGAGUUAAAUUGUCAAAACAACUAGACAAGAUGGUCUCCAACCUAGCAACUCUGCGAACGGUAAGUCAAAUUGUCAACGCAAAGCUAGACAAGACCAGUCUACAACCGCAGCUCAACGACCGACCAGAACUCCGAAUAACUCGUCAUGGAAUUACAAUUGUAUGCGGCAAACGGCAGAGGGAAACAGCGAAAAGCGCCAAGAAACUACGUGGUCUGAAACGCAACGGGAAGGCUAUUCAGCAAACCGUUUCCGUCCGCUCUAACAACGCAAACGAACACCUCAAAGACGUCGCACACGACAAACCUAGAAUCCAGGACACAGAAACGACAACUUCGGUUAUUGCAUCACAGCCUGCUACUAAAGACAAGAUUGAGAAAACGUCAGCCGUCAACGCCACGCGUGUACAACACGUUGGCUUUUCUACGAUUCUGAAUACCGCAAAUACCGCAACUUCGAGUCUACUCUCCGCUCCAAUAGUACUAACAGUUCUCAGUCACGUGAUCAUAAGAUUAGAGUAGCUGGACAGAUAGACACAACAAUAAAUCGUAGCAUGGCAUAUAC